CUUACAGGCGUGUGUUCGCGUUCACCGGUUAGUUAAGUGUUUUUACUUUUUUUUUUUUAACAUUUUAAUUACCAAAAGGAUUUCUACAUUGUUAAGCCCUCGACGAUCAUCUUUGUACGGCAACGGUUUCUCUGCGACAUCAAAAUUGGAUGUAUUAUACUAUAUUAUUACAGUCAAUAUAGCGAUGAAAUGCAAUUGUAGUGGUUAGUCCGAAGUCAUAACAUGUCCGUUUGCAAUUUAUGGGCUACGUUCAAGUUCUCUCAAAUAAUUUUAUGUUUAAGUUGUCUACUUUACAAACGAUGGGCUGAUGCGAAUGCCAGUAGAUUAUUUUAUUUGCUGGAAAAAACUUCUCGAGAGUGGCCUUUACUGAACAGUAUAACAAGAAAUGGCGCUGGAUCACUAUUUGCAGAUGUCACGUUUGGUGGCUAUGUAAUAAUAUGUAUAGCGUUAUUUAUCGCAUACUUGAUGGAUGAACUUAAGAACAGCAAGAAAACGGAAACAUUUUUGUUGGCUAUUGGUGCAAUUUUGUUCAUUGCCGUUGGUUGUUUAGUGGUGACUACCAUCGACAGCAUUCCAGAAAAUCUCAUUGUUAACGCAUUGGUUCUUAGCAGUUUAUCCAUAAUAACCGGUAUGGUUUUCAUAUUGGACAUUUGUCUGUCGAGUAAACAAGACUCAGAUAAGAAAUCGAAACUGCCCAAAAACACCCGUUAUGGCGAUAUUGCACGUACCAUGAACUCAGCCGACGUGGUCGAUUCUGUACGUGUGAACGGCACUUCCAAUGGACAUACAAAUGGCAUUAUGAAAAAGGAAACCGUGGAAAAAAAACAAAACGGUCUGUUGCAAACGGCUAUUGACGGUGUUGAAACCAAAAGUGAGGCUGUACAAACAAUGACCGAAGAAGACGCUAGAUCACAGUAUGGCAGAAAGUAUUUGGGUAACAGAGGAUUUAGCAAACACACGGAUUGGUACGAUACGGGUAUGGAUCUACCUAAAAUGAAAAAACUUGAAAUCAACGUACCGGAGGACUCAAUUGAACACCGGCAUAGGUUUGUACAUGUCAAAAAUGGUAGCAAACUUCAAUCUCCCAGCAUUACUAGUACAGUACACCAACAGGAAAGCCCAAAAGAAGAAAAUGAACACGAAGUGCAAAAUGCCAGUGUACCGUAUACUGUAUCAGAAAAAAAGAAACCGAUAAGGCCAACAGAUUUACCGUUAAAGUCUCCAGUAGAACGAAUAAAUGAUUCACUUCAAAAAUCUGUUAAAAGUCGCUUUUACUUUGGUUCAAAUAUGGAGGAACCUAAAUCUCCAAAUGAUCCUGGUUAUGUUCUUCACACGGCGUCUCGUUGGGAGGAACCAAUUUCACCACAAAACGGAUUAAAACAUUUCAAGAGAAGUCAAGUUUAAACAAUAUAAUUGAUAAUUUAUUUUUACACAAAACAAAACAAACAAUUUAUACAGACUAGAUAUUUAUUAACGUUUCAUCCUUUUAUCUUUAAAAAUGUUUUUUCUACACCUUCUGAAUUUAGAUUAGCCUCUUCUUCUUCAAUGUGUUGUUUAAUAUCAAAUGUGUCCUUUUGGUACUCUUUUUUAUUCAAUAUUUCUAAGCCUUUCACUCGUACAACAGUAGCUUGUUCAACUCCUAACAUCCGGGCAUAACGAAAUCCUAAAAAUAAAAGUAAUGUAAUAUAUAAAAGUUUUAUUAAAUUAUAUAGUAUUAUUUUA